AUGGCUAGAACUAAACAAACAGCAAGAAAGUCUACCGGUGGUAAGGCCCCAAGAAAGCAGUUGGCUUCCAAGGCCGCCAGAAAGUCUGCUCCAUCGACAGGUGGUGUCAAGAAGCCUCACAGAUACAAGCCAGGUACCGUUGCCUUGAGAGAAAUCAGAAGAUUCCAGAAGUCCACUGACCUUUUGAUCAGAAAGUUGCCUUUCCAGAGAUUGGUCAGAGAAAUUGCUCAGGACUUCAAGACCGACUUGAGAUUCCAGUCCUCUGCCAUUGGUGCUUUGCAAGAAUCCGUUGAGGCUUACUUGGUCUCCUUGUUUGAGGACACCAACUUGUGCGCCAUUCACGCCAAGAGAGUCACCAUCCAGAAGAAGGACAUCCAGUUGGCCAGAAGAUUGAGAGGCGAGAGAUCCUAA